AUGCCCAUUCCCAAGGAGCAGUACGUGUCGAAUGUCUGGAGGGACGGCAUCUUUCGGGGCCAGGUGGUCUUCUGCACAGGCGGAAACGGCACCAUCUGCUCGGCGCAGGUCAGGGCCCUCGUCCAUCUCGGCGUCGAUGCCUGUAUCGUCGGGCGCAACGAGCAAAAGACCCGGUCAGUGGCCUCCGACAUUGCAAGGGCGAGGAAGGGGAGCAGAGUGCUCGGUAUCGGGGGAAUAGACGUGCGCAGCAUCGAGUCUCUGCAGCGAGCCGUCAAGCAGUGUGUCGCCGAGCUUGGAGCCAUUGACUUCGUCAUCGCAGGCGCAGCCGGGAACUUUCUCGCCCCAUUCUCCGACAUCUCGACAAAUGCCUUCAAGAUCGUCAUGGACAUCGACGUCCUGGGCUCCGUCAACACCGCCAAAGCAACCAUGCCUCAUCUUGUCGGGUCCGCCAAGCGCAACCCGUCCGGCACCUCCGGCCGCAUCAUAUUCAUCUCGGCCACGCUUCAUUAUACCGGCUUCCCGCUCCAGACGCACGCAGCCGUCGCCAAGGCUGGUGUGGAUGCGCUGUCGGCCAAUCUUGCCAUCGAAUACGGGCCCCUCGGUGUGACCAGCAACGUCAUUAGUCCAGGGCCGAUUGAGUCCACCGAGGGUGUCCGCCGGCUGUCCAACAGCGGUCGGCAGGCCCGCAGCAUCCCGCUAGGGAGAUACGGCACGGUCAAGGAUAUCGCCGAUGCCACCGUCUACAUAUUCUCCGACAGCGGCAACUUCGUCAACGGAGACGUCCUCGUUGUUGAUGGGGGAGCGUGGAGAACUCUGGCGACAAUCUCUGGGUCAGACUUGCCCUAUCCCGACGUCGUUACUACGCCCCGGCGGUCCAAGCUAUAG